CGGAGUAUCGUUUAAAUACACAGUUUGGCCAGUUUGUUAUCGAUGCUAAGGAGUUAUUCAAAAUAACUGCCUAAUUAGAUUAACUAUGGAACACAUCAAUGCAGUGUUGGCUAUCUUUUGCAUCGGUCUGCUAUUUAUUAAUACGUGUGUGGCAAAGCGCCGUUGCUCAAACGAAGAUCAUGGUAAAAAAGAUAGUGGCUGGGACGAACGUUCUUCUGAGGGCAUAUGUGAGAAGAAUAACAAUGAUAGGAACCCGUUUACAGUUAUAAGGCUCAAGCAAAAUGAUGCGCAUGACAAGCACGCCAGCCACCCUCACGACUUUGCCAGGCCAUCAAGGAAAUUAUUGAGGAAAAGGCUUCCUCGUGAAGUGCCACCAGAAGGCCAAAAAGAUGACAGUGACAAAAAUGGUAAAAGCUCUGUAGACAAAGAACACACGGUUGUGGGCUCGAAAGAUAGCUCAUUACUGCUGAACAGCAACCAAACCAAGAAACCUUUAGAAAAGCUUCUAAAAUGGGAUACAUUGAAAGAUAAGCUCUCUGACAAUGCUGAGGAUGAUUUGGUUAAGAGCAACAGUGAUAGUCAGGCCCAUGUAAGGACUAACCACCACGCGACGAGACUCUCGAAGCGAGAAUCAUCAUCGAAAAAGGAGGUGUCUGAUCAAGCGGAAGGAAAACAGGACAAACGUCAAGAAAACGAUGACAAUGAUCACAAAAAAGGAAAGCGAGAAACUGUUACUAAAGACAACAGCGAUGAAGGCGACGACCAAGAUUAUCAUAGUGGUGAAGUAAAGGAAUAUAGUAGCGAUUCUGAUGAAUUGUCGAGUUCGAAAGACGAAGAUCAUACACUAAUAAACAUUUCCACGGGAGAUACAACUACGAAUGUGUCACAAGGUAACUCCUCUAACACUGAUAAGGGUCCAAAAGAUCGGAGGUCAGACGACUCUUCGCCAGUAGCAUCAAUGUUCCCGUUAAAGGGUAACCCUUCUCAAAUAAACAAUAAUAAACAAGAGUGUAUUAAAAAAAAUAAUGGUUUUUCUAUAGAACUUCAGACCAACGGAGGGCACGAACAGCUGCUUGUUUUUAGCAGAAAAAAUGCUAAUCAUGAAACGGAACUAGCAAUCUCAGUGUCUAAAAAAGCUAACGGCGAUGAUAAGAAAGGACAAGAAAGCAAAUCGUACCCCGAGGAGACAGGCAACGGGAGCAAAGACUCGAAGAAAUUCAAUGAAAUCAGUGGCGCUAGCGUAACUUUCUCGUUGAAAGAACAUUCAUCCAGUGGGCGAAAACCUGUUGAACAAUCUGGGAAGGAGAGAAACGGUGACGACGACGACGAAGGUAACAAUGAUAACAAACGAGAUAAAGCUGAUGGCGACGAUAACGCUGGAGCAUUUUUAGAAAAAAAUAAGUCGAAGUCUUGGAAAAUAGAUUUUUUUGAGGAAAAUCAUAACGAUAAAAAGGAAGGCAAUAAGAACGAAGGCAGAUUAUUGGUUUCUAAAAGCGAAGGUUUAGAAAAUGAACGACAUGAAACGGAUGAGACUGGGGGCAGUAGUAAUAAUGCAACACAAUACUUCGCACUUCGAGAAAGGUCUUCGUUCUCACCAACUAAGUUCGAUUGGCCUGAAAACAAGAGCAGGGGUUACAGGCCCAUAAUAGUGACUAUGAAAGAUUCCUCCAUGAGAGAUGACGGCGACCGGGAUAACGCUAAGGAAUAUUAUAACGACAAAGAAUUUUCUGAAGUUGGACACAAAAAAUCGUCCGAAGAGGACGAUGACGGUCAAGGGUUAAUGGAUAGUUUUGAGACCCCUGGACAUAGGAAGAAUUUCGUAAAUUAUGGUCUUUAUCGAGGCCAUGAUGAUGAUGAUGCUUACGAUGAUCAUUUCGACGAUGUCGAUGGCGAUUUCGAUCCGAGGGCAAGCAAACGUCGUAGGAAAUCACCAUGGAUACAUAUUUUAAACUCGCAUAAUACACAAAUACUCAGAAAAUUAAAUGCAUACGUCGCAGAUUACCUACCAAGCUUUCUCAAAGAUCACAACCUUGAUCCCUGGGUAUUUGAGAUAAAUAAGUGUGAGAUCACAUCAAGAGCUUUUCAAGAAAUCGCUCGAAUUUGCAAAUGCUAUGAUAAGCAUUUCAAAGCAACUGUAGCGCUCGUUGGGUUGGGACAAUUUCUGAAUCCAAGUAAUAGGAAAAUAACCCAAGCUUCAUGCACGCUGGAGGGCUGUCAGAUUGACGGUAUCAUCCUUCCGGGCAGUUUGUGGUUUGAAACUAGUACAAUCUAUAGCCAGGACGAAGUAGUACUAACACGACCAAUUACCGUGAAGAUAACACUAACCAUUUUCAACAAACGUAAAGGCAACAAAGAUAACUUUAAGUAUUUCGUGAAGCGGCGAGAGCUUGCAAACAUUAUACACCAGGUAUGUCAGUCAGUUGGUGACAAGUUGAUACCAGGACUGUCGCAGGUUUUCGAAGACACUUUAACAGGUACCACAAGGCGCUGCUAUGACAUCUUUAUCUCCGACGCGUCUUUAAGGAGUAACAAGGAUCCGAAGUUAUCUAUUGUAUGGCCGACUAGUGAAGGUAGCGAGAAAAUCCCAAAUAUUAGGUAUAAAACGAAAGUAAAUCAUGACGAUUACGACUAUCAGGACGAGGCGGACAGCAUGUUUUAGGCUAGGCCGGCCUACGGUUGACUAUGAAAAGCCACCGCCGUCAUUUGUUGGGAUUGUAUAUUUAGGUUUAUUAAAUGAAUGCCUUCGAUCGCACUGUAUCUUAUUCUCCUAGUAUUUUUUUUUCUAUAAAUGUUCUGCUCUAAUAUUAACAAUACCCGAUGGAUUUAUUUUAUAAACAAGGUCGCCUAGCGCCGAAUGGCGACCCGAGCACGCGGCCAUAAUCUAAGCAUUAAUUAAGCAUAAAUAUAUAGGACGUUUCGUAUAAUAAUCUACUUCAAAAACGAAUCGAGUGGAAAGUGCGAUUUGACAGACAAACAAUUUU